AUGGGCGGCGCCGGGGCCGGGUCGCUGCCGACGUCGUCGUCGUGGCGGGCGGUGGCCGCGGCCGCUGUGGCGCUGUGGCUGGUCCCGGCGGUCCUUGCGCUGGCGGUCCUCUGGCUGCCGCUGCUCUGCUGCGCCGUGGCCGCCGUCCGCUUCCUCAGGGUCAGGAGGAAGCUGGUGGUGGCCGGCAGGAGAUCAUCGCGUGGCUGCUGCGACGGCGACGACCGCGGGCCGGAGGAGGCGACUGUGGUGGACGCCGGCGGAGGCCGGCUCCGGCUCCGGUUGCUGCACCAGUACCUCGACGACCAGAUGGAGCUCGUCGGAGGAGGCCACGAGGAGCAGCAACAAGGAACCCCCGCUUCUUGA